AUGGCAAUAUUAAAAAGUAAUACAGAGGCUGACCUGAUUGUAGAAGACGUGAAGGUAUUUUCUGGUCAAGAAAGCGUAAACGAUACAACAGAAGAGGUGGCACAAGAACUAGAAAAGAUGCCAAGUAUUACGGCCAUGGUGACGAGCUCUGAAACUUUAGAAGAUGCACUAAAGCUCAAGAGAUCUUCGUCAGAUGAAAGAGUAAACUUUAGAAAACUCAACCUAGGCUCAAACAGACUCGAGAAGGGAGAAUUAAAUGAAGUAGCUAAGGAUCGCAAACUGAAGCUCACAAGGGAAACUCAGUUUGUAGCCAAAGAAGGAAAAAGAGCGAACAAGGAAAACAUUAAAGAGAUAAGCAAUGAAGGUUUGAGUAAGAAUCCAAGUGGGACAACGGUAAAUACGAUGGGUUCUAAUGAUCAAGUAGAUGUUAGAAAGCUUGGGG